AUGGUUUCAUUAUGUGUUUAUCGGCAGACUGCCACAGCAUUAUUUCUAAUCGGUACUGGUCUUUCAUUCUAUGCAUUUUAUAUUGAAACACGUAAAGCAAAUGAUCCAUCCUAUCGAGCGGCCUGCGAUAUUAGUGAACGUAUGAGUUGUUCACGUGUAUUAACAUCUCGAUGGGGUCGAGGUUUUGGUUUAUUUAAAUCUGAUUCAAUAUUUAAUCUACCAGAUUCAUUAUUUGCUUUGAUUUAUUAUUGUUUAUCGUUGAUUCUUAAUCGAUCAUACAGAUCAAAAACAAUAGCUCGUCUACGUGUUGUUCUCUCAGUGAUAACUAAUCUUGGCUCAAUUUAUCUUGGUUAUAUACUUUAUUUUGUUUUACAUGAUGUAUGUCUUGUCUGUUGUGGAAUGUAUAUUGUGAAUUUUAUCAUCCUUAUUUGUAAUUUGAAAUUAUUAACAAUGCUAAAUGCAGACAAACAUCAGAAGAAGAAGAAGAAACAAUAGAGACAUACUCAUACAUAAACACACGCACACACGCACGCACAGACUCAUAAAAAAAGGGGGAAGAGAAAUAAGAAGAGAAUAUCUGACAAUUUGUUUUGCGCUCGUUUGUGUUCAUACUCCUCCUCAAGAGAAAAAAGCAUCAUCGUUUUCUGUUCUUAUUUUCUUUUUCUUUUUUUUUAUUUUUUUUCUUCUUUCGUUCUCGUUUACUGUUUUCCAUCCUGCCUAUUCGCAUUGCGUCCACCGACACAGUCAACCCAACUUCUAAUCAUGUUUCUUUCUGUCCUUUUUUUCUACUUUUUUUUCUGUUACAAAACGAACACGAAAGAUGAAGUUAUGCAUAUUCUACUGAUUGCAGAUCACUAACAAAGACGCACCUUACAUUGCUUCUAGCGCCACCAUCAACAACAACAAGAAAAAACAACAACAAACUUUUGUUUGCCGGUACACGAGCGCACCCUCACAGACACAUACACGUAUGCAUCUUAUCUAAAUGUUUAGAAGGCAAUGCUUCGAUGUUGGUUGUGAGUACUGAUGGUAACAGCUGUGCAAAAUGAUAGAGCAAAAAAAGAGGGGGAAAAAAUGAAUAUCUUUUUGAUCUAUUAGUCGUAUCAAAUGACGAUCGUUAUAAGUAGCACGUUUUUUUCCUCUUCUUAUUCGCUAG